GAAAAUGGAUUGAGUAUAGAACUUUGUCCAACAUUCUUCUGUGGCCUAAUAGUGUCCAGAAAUUUCCGGAACCCACUUUCCCCUUCUAUUCCAUCCAAUAUAUAAACCAACACCAAUCAACUCACCAAACCAUCAGUAACAAACAAGACAACAUUUAUCGAAACUGUUAGCAGACAUCAGCCAAACAGCUAAAAACAUGUCCCUCUUUCAAACCCUCUUUGAUCAGAGAAACUUUUUUGAUCCUUUCAAAGGGUUUCUCUCAGAAAACUCAGAUAUCCUGGGCUCUGAGAACACCAACAUGGACUGGAAAGAAACCCCACAUGCCCACAUCUUCGAAAUUGAUCUUCCGGGUCUUACAAAAGAGGAUGUGAAGCUUGAAGUUCAUGAAGGGAGAGUGCUUCAUAUAAGUGCAGAGAGGAAAGAAGAGCUAGACAAUGAGAAAACAGACAAGUGGCACUGCAAAGAGAGAAGUGGAGGUAGCUUUAUGAGGCAGUUUCGGUUGCCUGAUAAUGCAAAAGUUGAUGAGAUUAAGGCUUCAAUGCAUGAUGGGGUACUUAUUGUGACUGUGCCUAAAGAUGAGACCAAAAAUAAGCAUAAACAACAUAAGGAGGUUGAGAUUUCUGGGGAUGAAGAAGGUAAACGACAUGCUCCAAAAGGACUUGGUCGUUUUGUGUGCUGCAAAGCUUAAAUAAGCAUGAAACUUAUUUGUAACACUUAUGUCUAUAUAGUCUUUGUGGAAUAUUGGUGAAUGUAAUUUUCUUUUGUGAUAAGUUGGUGUGAUUUUUUUUAUGCUUGCAUUGUAAAUAUAGAUGUCGUUUUGAUCUUU